UGGAAAGCGGGGCGGUGACUCGUCAUCCGGGUCAAGAUGGGGAUUCCCCGGAGGCGAACAGAUAAACAGUAUAGAACAACACAUGACCCUUAAUCAUUAUGUAGUGAACUACAAAGUAGAAUCAUGGAUUUGCUUAAAGUGAAGCGUAAGAAAUUGUGGGAGAGAGAACGAGAUAAUGUGAUGGUGGAUGAUAGAUAGAUAUAGGGAGCAAAGGGAGAGAAAGUAACAGAUGGGUUUGUGAGGAUUAAGUGAAAUCUGGGUGGGUUUGUGAUAGAAACUCACCCAAGAAAGGCAGAAGCGUGAGGAAGAGAGGGAGAGAGAGUAAGAAAAGGUGAAGAAAGUUCAUCUGGUAGAGGACAGAGUGUCGAUGUCUCUGAAGGCCUUAUAUGGUAUGUUUUUUUUUCUUCAUUCACAAACAUCCGUUCGGUAACUUUCAUGCAUGUAUUGUACAACCGUAUGGGGGGACAAGGACUCAAUGGAAAGCGCGGCGAUAUGCAGCACAAAGAAAAUACAACCGGUGGUUGGACAGACGUUACGAGUGUGGGAUUAAACAGAUUGAUUUUGUACAGGGAGAUUAGCACAGAUUAAUGAGGAUUACGGGUCUACAGAGAGGUAGACGAGUCAUUAUAUCAAAUCACAAUCUUCCUGAGAAAGCUGAGAUGCACGGGAAGAACAGAAUGUUUCCCGAGAAAAAGAAACGAGACAGGAUAUAAUAAAUAAUUAGUGGUUCUGUAAAAUGUAAGUGUUUAUCUUCCAGGACCCAACUGUAUACCAACGAACACAUAAUAAAUCCAUGUCAUAUACUGGCAAUAUGGGAUGUAGCAUAUGGACGUAAAAUGUAAGAAGUGAAUUAUAUAUAUUUUUCUUCCCAAAUCAAAAGUUCUCCGCCUGAUUGCCUCAGUUCAAUGACUGCUUUAAUUUGCAAAUUAUUCAUCACAAGUUGUUAUUGCGGGACCACAGCUGGAUCAGCGUGUAAAGUGUGGAGGAAUAUCGAAAGGACUAAUUGAAGGUGACAGAGGCUAGCUAUCCCUCAUCCAGUCCGUCUGGCUCAGUGAAUAAAUCCUCUGCUCUAUUGCCCUCUUCUUCUACUUCUUCCAUCCCAUAAUUUUCUCACAGUUUCCUAAUCCCUCUCUGCCAUACCAUCCCUUUGUCAAUCCCCCUUCCUCAUCGUAAUCACUGCCCUCACUCUAGCUGAUCUGUCAUCCCUGUACCCGUCCUCUAACCAUCCCCCAUCACCCUGUUUCACCAUCAUUCAUCUCGAGCUCCUCUUGAGACACCCCCUCUCUCCCACCUCUGUCUCUCCAUCAGAGGGCCACUUUUUCUCUUAGCAGUGGCCCCUGUCCCACCCCCAUAAGCCACCAUGCUGGAGAACAUGUCACGAUGCAACCGCUCCCUGCUCUCCCUGUCCCUGACCUCACUGGCCCUGGCAUUGUCCAUCCUGGCCUUCUGCACCUCGUACUGGUGCGAGGGGACCCACAAGGUUGCCAAGCCCCUCUGCCUCUCCCCGGUCAAGUUGAAGAACUGCGGACAGAACAACAGCCAGCCCUACACCACAGAGACUCCCACUCUGGACCCUAAGAAGCCGUCAAACAACAUCACCUUGUCGCCCCUGGAAAAGGAAGAGCAGGCGAGGCUUGAGAAAAAGGCCCUUGCCAACGCAGUGCACUACAUCUGGGAGACAGGCGAGGAUAAGUACAUGCUGCGCUACUUCCACACAGGUUUCUGGUUGUCCUGCGAGGCACACAACGAGGAGGAGAAAUGCCGGAGCUUCAUUGAAUUAACUCCAGGAGAGACACAAGGGGUGCUGUGGCUGUCAGUAGUGUCAGAGUUUGCGUACAUAGGCCUGUUGGCCAUGGGCUUUCUCCUCAUGUGGGUGGAGGUGCUGUGUCUCUGUGCCCAUAAGGAGAUGUACGCUCUCAAGAUCAACGCCUUUGCCGCAAUAUGCACUGUCCUUUCAGGUCUGAUGGGGAUGGUGGCUCAUAUGAUGUACACCACAGUGUUCCAGAUGACUGUGAGCAUUGGGCCAAAGGAUUGGAGACCACAGACCUGGGACUACGGCUGGUCAUUUGUUCUAGCCUGGAUCUCCUUCAGCUGCUGCAUGGCGGCGGCCGUCUUCACCCUCAACUCCUACACCAAGACGCUGAUAGAGAUGAAGCACCGCACACGCGUUCGUCUGGAGGAGGCCCGGGCGGCCAUCCAGGCCCCCUCGUACGACGAGGUGUUGCAGGCGGCCGGGGGCGCCUGCUCAGUCAGCAGCCUGCUCCAGCACUGCAAGCAGGGGGCGAUGAUCGACCCCGGUCCGGGGGUUCCAGAUCACAGAGGGCUGGUGAUGAUGGCUGGUGGCUGUGGGACAAAGGGGUGUGAGGACUGCGAGAGAGAGAUGGAUGAGAUUGAGGAUGCCCUGGAUAGGGAAGAGAGGGAGGAGAUGGAGGGAGAGGACUGUGGGAGGUGCUGAGGGAAGGGAGAGGUUAAAGAGGUUCUAGCCACCUGGAACUUAUUUUUGUCUUUUAUUUUUUACAUGUUUUGGAUUGAACUGUGAAAUGGACUGUGCUUGAUUUCAGUACCUCAACCCAUAUAUGAAAUAUGAGUAGAUAAAGCUCUAAAACCACACACAGAGAUUGACAUGUAUUGUCUGGGAAGAGAUCAAUAGAGACAAUCGCUAAGAAAUGCCUGGCAUUGGCCACAUAUAACAUAUAUAUUAUAUAUUAUUUUUAUUGUAUUGAUGGUAACCCUGUUAUUACUAUCCUGAUAUUGAUAGUAACUGUGGUGACAUUGUGAAUAAAAGUGGUUAAAGUGAAA